AUGAUCGAGCAUGUGGGGUGCCAUGCCCCCAAGGAGCUCUUCUUCCGUGUGGCUGCAGAGAUGUUUGCCGAUGGCACCUUCAACUGGGGCCGCGUUGUUGCCCUCUUCUACUUCGCCUGCAAACUGGUGCUGAAGGCGCUCUGCACCCAGGUCCCCGAGCUGGUCCGGACCAUCCUGAGCUGGACCAUG